AUGUCAUUCAAUGUAUUAAUUGAAGAUUCAUUAGGAGUAAGUUACUAGUUAGAAUGAAGCUGUAAUACUAAACUGCAAUAAGCUCGCAAUGGAAGCCUUAAGCUCUGGCGAUGCAGAAACUGCAAGUAAUUUAUUGACAAAGGCUAAUAACUUAUUAAGAUCGGCAUCGUCAAGUGCUGUGGUCAAGCUAAAAUCAAUAACCCUCAACAACUUCGGCUGCCUAUAUAAAAGGAUUAAUAAUCCUUUAAAAGCUCUGAAAUAUUUGUCGGAAGCACUGGAGUGUGAGUCAGAAAGUUCUAUUGAUAAUGUGAAUCUUGCUGGAACCCUUUUGAAUAUAUGUGCGAUUAAAUCUCAGCUUGAUUUGCAUGAAGAAGCGGUUAGUCAUGGGUUAAAAGCAAUAAAGAUACUAAAUCAAGCUGCUGAGCAAAAUUUAAACACGAAAACGACGCUUGCGAUUGCAUAUCAUAAUGUAGGGAUCGAACAAGAAUUUCUAGAUAAAAUAAAAGAAGCCCAAGAUUUUUUUAUGAAAGGGUGAGAAAUUGCCCAUGAACACUUGGGGUCAGUGCACCCGGUUACACAGCUUAUUGGAACAGCACUGAAUAAAAAUUCAAAGCAAAGCCAAAAAGUGGGGAAACUGGAAUCUCUAAAUAGCCUAGCCAAUAGCAAGGCAAAGCUUUCGUCAUCAAGGCACGAUACAUCAACUAGAAAUUCAACUCUCAAUCAUGUGCUAAAACAGGAAUUAAGGAGAGAGCAAUUAAGAAAUAAAGAAAGAAACAGCUUAGACGAAAUUGAACUGGAAAGUGGGCAUUGGGAUGAAGAAAAUAAAGUGCAACCACCAAAUAAAAGUUUAACAAUUGAGAAGAAAAAUAAGCUUGAGCCUAUGCCAUCAGGAGCUUUUUCGGAGUCAGCUGGACUCACAAAUGCACGGUUUCUUACGGGAGAAAGAAUGCAACCUAUGUAUAAAGAUAAAACUCAAAAUCCAGGAAAUUAUUCAGUUAGAAUCACUAACUCCCCCCCCUCCGUAAGUGAACAAAAAAAUUUUGUUCACUCACGGAGGGGGGUUAAUUUUUUUUUUAAAAAAUUUAUAUAUAAAUUUUAUAAAAAAAAUAUUUUUUUUCGAAAUAUAAAAAAAUCCUAAUUCGCAAAAAAUUGGAAACCAAAUAUUAAUUUAAAUUAUAAAAUUUAUGUUUUAAAAAGCAAUUAGUUUAAAAUUAAACAGAAUUAGCUCAAAUUUUUUCCAUAAAAAAUUUUUCUAUUAAAACAAUUUUUGUUCACUCACGGAGGGUGGGUUUUUGGGCAAAAAAUGGCGAUUUUUCUAAUGGUUUAGUUCACUCACGGAGGGGGAAAGUAAGAAAAAAACAAAUUUGAAGCCAAUAGAAACAAUUAAAACUCCUAAUGCUUUGAGAAAAAAGUUCAUAAAGCCAAUCAUCAAGCCUGAUCUUACAUCUCAGCCUUCCAGUAAAUUUUCAAAUUCUCCAGAAACCAGUACAAAGUCUAUCAGAAAAUUUGAUAUGAGCUUUGAUUCCCGAAUAAUUAAUAUAGAAGGACAAUUACAAAAUCUUCAAAAAAAACUUCACGAUUUUGAAGCAAUGUGCCAACCUUUGAAAGAGCUUGAAGAAGAGCCCAAAAAAAUUUCCAAAAAAGAGAUAGAAAAGAGAAGAAGAGGGUUUGCUGCAAGAAAAAUCCAAAGAGAAGGAAUUUUAAAAUUAAGAGUCUUAAGGUCCUUCAGAUUUGAUGCCUCUGCAAGUUUGUGACUACAGGGCAAUUGCUUUCCAGGAUUAGCAUUGGUUAUCUGGCCCAUCAAUACCAGUCUUAUCCCAAAACUAAGGCUUGCACCACGUCCCUCAGUUUCGAGGUCACGAAGACCCCACGAUGUUGUGUAUCUUGCGGGUAGCUAUAGAGGUAAAGAUCAGCCCAAUAAAUCCUCUUGGACCUUGAGGAAGGGUGAAACCCAGAAAAAAAGAGCCAUGUCCCUCCGAAACUGGCUGGUAAAGAAUAACUAAUACUUGGACUGAAAUGGCCACCGGCUGACUUUCACAGCCACUUACCCCAUAAGGCAAUUAUACAGAAUACUUACUCCCCCCCCCCCUCCGUGAGCGAACAAAACCAUUAGAAAAAUCGCCAUUUUUUGACCAAAAACCCACCCUCCGUGAGUGAACAAAAAUUUUUUUAAUAGAAAAAAUUUUAAUGGAAAAAAAUUUUGAUAUAUAAGUGAUAAUUAGUAUAAUGAAAUCUAGAGCUAAUUCUGUUUAAUUUUAAACAAAUUGCGUUUUAAAACAUAAAUUUUGCAAAUUAAAUUAAUAUUUGCUUCCCAAUUUUUGCAAAUUAGGAUUUUUUUAAAUUUCGAAAAAAAAUAUUUUUUAUAAAAUUUAUAUAUAUAAAUUUUUUUUAAAAAAAAAAAAAAUAACCCCCCUCCGUGAGCGAACAAAAUUUUUUUGUUCGCUCACGGAGGGGGGGGGGAGUUAGAAUGGAAGAGCCUGAGCCUUGGUGUAGGCUAUAAAGCCAUUUUGGAGCCCACGAUGAUGAGUCUUCGGUGAGGACAUAUAUUAUCGCCACCAUCGUAUUCAUUAUAAAGGGAAGUAAGGGAAUGAUUGCAAAAAAGAGAAAAUGCAGCCCAAAACAUCCAGAAACAUUUCAGAGGCUAUCGAGAUAGAAAAAGAUAUUUAAAAAUAAAAAGUGAAAGAAAUGUGGCUGCUGGAAAAAUACAAAAAUGAUAUAGAAAUAAGAGGAUUAAGGUAAAUAAAGAGGUCGGGAAAGAUCUUUUCGAUGCUAAAGCGUCUUUGGUAGAAACUUCAUGCCAGACUGAAACUAUGCCGCCAUCACAGGCAAGAGAAAAGAGAAGCCAGAGCUCUGAUAAGCCUAAAAAAGAGACAAUAGAAAAAAUAAUUCAAUCAGAUCCAAUUAAUAAGAAACUAGUACUGGAAUCCACAUCAAUUGAAAUAAAGAAGCCUGAAGUUCAGAAACAUAAAAAUCUGUUUCAAAUGCUUGCAAUGAUUCAAGCUUACAUAAGAGGUUUCAUUCAGAGAAAGCGAUAUGAGAAAAUCAAGAAAAAAAUAUUUUUAAUUCAAAGUGCUGUCAGAAUGCACCAAUGUCACAAUAUAUAUAAAGGGAUAAGAGAAGCUGUAAUAUUCAUACAAUCAGUUUAUAGAGGCCAUCUGAUUCGGAAAAAAUUCAUAAUUAGAUAA